UGAUUUGCUCAGUUGACGCUCAAAGCUUGGCUCGCGAGGUUGUCUAUAUAGCUACGUCUGCGGGAUUUUUCCCUCAAAAUUGUGUGUUCCUUUCCGGGUAGUUGGUCCCUUUCAACCCACUCGCCCACUGAAGGCACGCCACAUCGUGUGUGUUGUGGUCCUUUUUCCCGGCUGGCAGUGCCGCGUAAACAAAAAUAGCUCUGCUGCCUGGCGAGGGUGGUUACAACCCCCGUGCAUAUAGCCUGAAUAUACCAAUCUGAGUCCAACUACAAAGCUCGGGCUAAGUGGCAAGGGCACUCCCGUCCUGGCUGCCAACUUUUUCGGGGUUGCAGACAGUCGGCAAACAAGCUGCGAAUGCGACUUUAAAUGUCCAUAAACAUUCAGUGAAAUUAAAACACAAGUCGUGCCGUGUAUCUCGUAUCUCGUAUCUGCAAGUGCAGCCGUAUUUGUAUUUGUAUCUGUGUUUUUGUAUCUUGUAUCUGUAUCUGAGCGGUGAAAAUGAGCGAAUCCGGUGGCUAUCAGAAAAUGCCGCCCGGCUGGGACUGCAAAUACGAUCAGACAACUGGAAAUUGCUAUUACAUAAACUAUCUGACGAAGGCCAUGCAGCUGGAGGAUCCGCGCGGACGCAGUUACAGGCAGCUGCAGAACGAACGCUGCUCCACGGAGUCGAUAGCCUUGCAGCAGUUGGUCAGUCAGCCGCCGCAGACGUCGCACAACAGCUCGCCGUACCACGUCCAUCCCAGCAACAAUUUGACCGCGAUUCGAGCUUUCCAAGAGCGCCAGCAGCCCACGCUGCACAACGUCUCGACCAGUCCAUUAUUGUCGGCCUCCUCCAGGGGACACUUGGAAAUGUCUUCACCCCUACCCUUUCAACGAGCUCGCCUGGGUCCGAAUCUCUCGCGGCGCUCCACCAUCCAGGAGACCUCGUUCACCACCCAAGCGGAAACGGAUGCCGUGGUGACCAAGAUCCAGAACAUGUUCCCCACCGCUGGCGAGAAUCAUAUACGCCUGCUGCUCAAACGCUACUAUAACAGCGAGGCCGUCGUCAUCAGUGCCCUGCAGGUGGAGAAGCACCCGGUGACCAUGCCGGGUCCCUUCGUGACGCCGCCCUCGCAGCGGCACCUCUUCCACAGCAGCUCCGCCUUCUACAUGACCCCACCGGCGCGUCGUCCGGACACGGUGGCUAGUCGGCGCACCUCGCGCACGGCCAGUCCCUUGCCCGGCGGACGCUUCGGUAGUCUCGUGAGCGUGCAGAGCGGUGGUCCUAGUGGUCCUGGUGGUCUUGGUGGUCCACCUGGCCACCAGGUGACCCUUCCCCCGGGAUCAGCUGUUCCGCCAGCUCUGCACGGAUCUCCCCUGUGGCGCAGCUCACCCAGACCACACUCGUCGCCCAAGAUGAAACUGAGAUAUAUGAAGAACAUAUUUCCCAAGGCGGAUGAGGAGCUGCUCCUGGACAUCCUGGCCAAUGCGGACAACAAUGUGCAGUUUGCCUCGGAGAAGUUGAUUUCCUUGGGCUACACAAAGCGGGAGAUGCAGCAGCCACAUAGACCGAACAAUCGUCCGCCGGACUUGAAUCAAGAUCAGCAGGCAGGCGGAGAUCAGGGUACUGUUCACAUUCCGCUGAGGCCCAAGGAAUACACUGAGGAGGAGAAGACCAAAAUGCAAUCUUUGCUCAAGGAGAAGUAUCCACAAAUUGCCGAGCGCAUAAUACUGAUGGCCUUGGAGUCGGUGAGCUAUGCCGAGGAUCGGGCCACCCAGAUCCUGCAGAUCGUGCAGGACGAGGAUGAGCAGAGGGCCCAGAAGCAGACCGCUUCGAAUCCCAAACACCUGGAGCUGACCAAGACCACGGGAACUGAACAGGUGGAUGGCGUCGCCGGAGACAGCCUGCUCACCGUGGUGGAGCCCGCCACCUCAUCCGCAUCCGCAUCCAAAACGAAGCCACUGCAUAAGCGACACAUUCUGCCAUCGAUCAAUGUCACCACACCAUCGACGUUCACCACCCAGAUCAUUUUGGCCCAGGCCACGCCCACGCCCACGCCCACAAUGGAGGAGAAGCUGGAGACGCAUCUGUCAUCCAUAUCGAGUGCAUCCUCAUCGCAUUCAUAUGCCUCACCCGCACAAUCACCCCGCAUCGGGCAGAAAAGCUACGAGCGAAUGACCACCAAGAGCAUCCUGGCCAAGAGCGGCUAUAACCACUAUGGCCACUACGGCGAUACUAACAACUACAGCAUCGAUGGCUACCUGCAUGGCUCCUCGAACGCUAGCUCCUACUCCUCCUACUCCGCAUCAAUGACGUCCUCAUCGCUGGCCUCGUCGGCCCAGUCCAACUCCUCAUCCAUCGCGAGGAGGCCAGCAUUCGAAAGUCGCGCUCGCACCAAAACCGAUUCACUGAAACAUCGCCAGCACUCCUCAGUCUUUGGCAACUCCCACAAUUCCGAAUCGGCAGAAUUUCAGUCCAUCAUCGAACGAAUGGCCAGUAUGGGACCCAAUUCGCAGCUGAGCAAGGGUGCUGAUGAAAAUCUUUUGCUAGCCGACUAUGUCACCUGGAAUGGACCCAACACAAAGCUGCUCCAAAAGCAGGCCACCCAAGGACCAGACGCCAGUCUCUUGGCAGAUCGGAGCUACAAGCCCAGGGGCGGAAAUUCGGAACUCUGCAAAGGAGCCCAGUCCGGAUUGGCCAAGGGCAGCAUCUACGCCCAAGGCAGCAACAAGAGCCCCAACAUCAAGUGCAACUAGGCGGGAGUGCCCAAUCUCGAAUCUCCCCCAGAGUGCCAAAGAAACGGAGAUGAAACUUAGUAACUAGCCAAGCACCACCCUCCAGAAGUUUAGACUUACCAUUUGUAUGUGUCGUAAAGUGUUUUUGC